AUGAGUGAGAAUUAUCACGUCUUAACUGCUGGCAACCAUGAAAAAUAUGGCUAUAGUGAUGAGGAUCAGAGCAGUAUCCUUUUGGAUAGUUUGCCAGAAGUUUCUGUUCCAGAACACAAUGUUUGGUCUCCAUACGAGGAAACUAGGAAAGCUUCAAAGAAGUCCUCCAAAGACGUGUGUAACACAUCUAUGGGAAAUGAUGCUGACAAAAUAAGUGACUAUGGAACUUUGUCUGCAGCUGUUAAUGUCAGUGCCCAGGGUGAUCUACUUACUACAAAAAUGUGGGCAUGUUACCUCAAGGCUCAUAUUUUAAUCCACACUGGGAAGAAACCUCACAAAUGUGAGAUUUGUGGGAGAUGUUUUGCUUUAUCGAGCAGUCUCAAGACACACGUCAGUCUCAAGACUCAGAAGUUAAUUCACACUGGAAAGAAACCUCACAAAUGUGUGAUUUGUGGGAAAUCUUUUCGUAGGUCAGAUAGUCUCAAGACACACGAAUUAGUUCACACUGGAAAGAAACCUCACAAAUGUGAGAUUUGUGGGAAAUCUUUUGCUAGGUCAGGCUAUCUCAAGACACACUUAUUAAAUCACACUGGAAAGAAACCUCGUAAACCUGUGAUUUGUGACAAAUCGUUUGCCCAGUCAUCUAAUCUGAAGACUCAUAAAUUAAUUCACAAUGGACACAAACCUCACAAAUGUGACAUUUGUGGGGGACGUUUUGCUUUGUCAAGUUAUCUCAAGAAACAAGCAGCCGCUCUAAGACGGCGCAGCGCUCUGCCCCCGGCCGCCCCCACACCAGAGGCGGCGCCGGCCUCUGUCACCCCCGUGUGGGGGCGGAGCGGCGCCCCGGCGCUGACGCUCUGCCUCCGGGUCUCCGCGGCAGCUCGCAGGGCGGCGGCGCCUGCCGUCCAGCUGCUCCAGCAGUCGUGGCUGCACUGA